AUGAGGCUUACCAUGAAAACACCAUCCCCACGACCUCCAACACUCCCUUCAACAAAAACCUACACUCUCAAACCGCAUUUUUCAUCUUCUUCUUCCUCUCUUGGCCAAAAGGCAGAGAAACUUGGAAAGAGGUGGACGGAGUACCAAGGCAUGAACAAUUGGGAUGGCUUGCUUGAUCCAUUAGACCACAACCUACGUGCUCAAAUCCUAAGAUAUGGUCAUUUCGUUGAAGCUGCAUACAAAUCCUUUGAAUUCAACCCUUCUUCAUCUAACUACGCCAACUGCAAGUUCAACAAAAGCACACUUUUCGAAAGUUGUGGUUUACUUAACACCGGGUACAAAGUAACCAAACACCUACGUGCAACCUCAGGGAUUCAAUUACCUAGUUGGGUGGACAAAGCACCGAGUUGGGUUGGAACUCAAUCAAGCUACGUUGGAUAUGUAGCAGUAUGUGACAACAAAGAAGAGAUCAAAAGGCUUGGUCGGCGUGAUGUGGUUGUUGCAUAUAGAGGAACCACCACAUGUUUGGAAUGGCUUGAGAAUUUUCGUGCAACACUCACCAACCUCAAAACUCCAUGCAACAAAAGUGGGGCAAUGGUGGAAAGUGGAUUCUUGAGUCUCUACAGAUCAGCGAACUCAUGCUUCAUGAGUUUGCAAGAUAUGGUGAGGCAAGAGAUUACAAAGGUCCUCCAAACAUACGAAGGAGAACCCUUGAGUCUCACUGUCACCGGCCAUAGUCUGGGGGCGGCUCUGGCCACCUUAACAGCGUACAAUGUUAAGUCAGUCUUUUCUAGACUUCCGGUGACAGUGAUCUCUUUCGGCGGGCCUCGUGUAGGAAACCGGGACUUCCGGCUGCACCUUGAGAAACAAGGGACGAAGGUUCUACGCAUAGUGAACUCUGAUGAUCUUAUCACAAAGGUGCCAGGGUUUGUGCUCGACGAAGACGUGGCAAGUUGCGAAGGGUUUCACGUGGUGGGUCUUCCGAGUUGGAUUCAGAAGAGGGUCAUCGAGGAGGCACAAUGGAUGUAUGAUGAGGUUGGGAAGGAACUCCGGUUGUGUAGCAAGGAUUCUCCGUACCUAGGAGCCACGAAUGUUGCCACAUGUCACGAGCUGCACACAUAUAUGCACUUGGUCGAUGGUUUUGUGAGCUCCACGUGUCCCUUCAGAGCCUCCGCAAAAAGGUUCCUACAACGGUAA